AUGAGUACCAGAAAGGCUGAGAAUGACAAGAUCUUGGCUCAAUUGAAAGGUAAGCUUUGGUAUUGUAUUGAGCGACAGAUAGCGGAAGAGACGCCGUUCGACACAAGUUGUACAGCGAGUUUUACAAAUGCCCUGGUAGAGCUAUGCUAUUUGCAGCUUGUCGAGAUGGGCAAGGAUCUAGAGGCCUUUGCAAGACACGCUAGCAGAGACACCAUCACAGUCGAUGAUAUGAUGCUACUGCUGCGCAAGACACCACAUUUACAAAAGAUGCUGUUACCUGACGAUCUACGGUGA